AUGGCCCAUCCGCCCGGUACCCCAAAUCCUGCGCGGGCAGGUCGCAACACCCCGACGGUCAAGCGAGAGUCGCCCGGCCUUGACGGCGAGCAAGUCGACAACUUCGGCAACCCAGGGGUUUUUGGUCACGAAGGAGCCACGGGCGAAGACGAGGAGAGCGUCAAGGCCGCGGUGGCCGUCGCUGAGGCGGAGCUCAAACUUGCACACCUUCGUGCCAAGCAGGCGAGCCUGGCGAGUAUGUCGAAGAAGUAG